AUGGCAUCUCUGUCUUCUCACAUUCUAGUCCUUCCCUAUCCUGCCCAGGGGCACAUCCCUCCUCUCAUCGGCUUCUCUGUGGCACUGGCGGAUCGCGGCGCGCUCGUGACGCUGGUGAAUAUUGCGAGCAUCGAUUCCAGGAUCCGGGAGCGUUGGACAUGGCCAAGGGAGCUGGAGGGCAGCAUCCGGUUCGAGAGCUUAGAUUUCCCCUACGAAAUUCCUCAAGGGUACGAUGCGUCCUGCCAUGUAGAUCAGGGAAAUUUCGUCCAGGCCCUUCGCGGCGCGCAGGUCCCAUUCGAAGAUCUGUUGAGAGAGAUGCUUAAUCGCGGCGAGCGAGUUUCGUGCAUCGUCGCAGAUUAUCUCUGGGGAUGGCAUGUCGAGUCUGCCAAGAAAUUUGGGGUUUCUUGUGCGUCCUACUGGCCUGGGAGCGCGACUUGGAUCAAUGUCCACUACCAUUUGCCCCUUCUUAUAUCAGCCGGUGAGGCACCGAUUAAAGAUGGCGACGAAAGAACGAUUUCCUACGUUCCGGGGCUCUCUCCAACGAAGCUCAAGGAUUUCCCAUACUACGCAAGGAUGGAAUUCAAGGGAACGCUCGAGUAUUUGAUGCAAGAGCAAGAAAAAACUCUCAGGAACUUCGAUGACAACUCGUGCUUACUGAUAAACUCGGCCGAAGAGUUGGAACCAGAUGCAUUCCAGUCCUUGAGAAAAGUUUUUGGAGAGAAGUGCACAGGGGUCGGGCCACUUUUUAAUCUAGAUCCAGCGAGAACAAGGCUUUGUCACAGCUUGCGAGAAGAAGACGGUGGCUGCAUAGCUUGGCUGGACACUCAAGCUCCAAAGUCGGUGCUUUACAUCUCCUUUGGCAGCGUUGUUGCGCUACCCGACUUGGACCUCCAGGAACUCUCAAAGGCAGUGUUAGAAAUGGAGAGGCCUUUCCUUUGGGUGCUUCCGCCAGAGCAGAAGAACGAAAGCACCAAAGAGAUCACCGAGGCAGCAAGAGCUUCCUCCUUCACAAGAGGCCGGAUAGUAUCCUGGGCACCGCAGCUCCAAGUUUUGUCACACGCAUCGGUGGGAGGAUUUCUCAGCCACUGCGGCUGGAACUCAGUGCUCGAGGCCGUGACAAACGGAGUGCCUGUGCUGGGGUGGCCAUGCGCGAUCGAGCAGAACCUCAACUGCAAGGUGCUUGUUCACGACUGGAAGGCUGGCCUGAAGAUCGACAAGGCCGAGAAGGACGGGAUCAAGGCCGCGAUCGAGAAUCUGAUGGGAGGAAGCUGGCUUGAUCGUGCACAGGAACUUCGUGAGGUUGUUCUAAAGAGCGUGAAAGCUCGUGGGCUUCUAAGCGAUCCGGUGUUGGAAAUCUCUCGCUCAAAACGAUAAAGGUAUGUCUUCUCUUUGGGCCAUAAAGUUUCUUUGAGCUUGCCGAUUUGCUUUAGUCCAUUUUUUGCCUUGCCAUCCAUAGUAGUUUGAGCAAUGCAUAGUGCGACGUGCAAUACUUUCUAUUUGUCCCUCACUCGGUCGGUCAUGUCCAGCCUCUCAUGUUUUAAUUAUAUCAGACCUUGAUUUUUCAAGUCUAUAUUAACUUACAAAACUACAAAGUGGAGCAUUA